ACACUCCUCAAACACGCAUGUAUGUUACGCAACGUGCUUCUACACUCACCAGCGUAGCAUAAACGCAGGCUCUGGAAGACACGUGGUCCGUCUCGUUCACUCGGUUACCCAGCUUUACUUUCGUUUUCGCAUAAAUAAACCGCAGCGACUCCAUAAUCAGCGUUUCGUCAUUCUUCUCUCCUCUCAUAUCUUCAUUUUCUUUCAGAAUCCAGAAUGCAAACUGAACCUUUCUAGUGACUUUAGCAUGGAGCUUGUUACUUGUAGGAACUGGCUAAACAAUCGUCUACAAUAUUUGGAUGAAUGAUAGUGAGAUAAUUCAGUCUCCCAGCAAGUUUACAAUCGUCUGCAAUAUUUCCCUGCCCUCUGGGUUUGGUAAGGAUUUGAGAAGAUUUUGUGGAACCUGGAGGAUUCGGCCCUACAGGGACAGUUAAUGAACCUACAUAGGAAUACAACGUGAAUCUAUUAAUACAAGGUUUUAUCUUCAAUGGAGAACAAACCAGAUAAAAUGCUUCAUGAUAAUGAGGAGUGCAUUGACUGCACAUCAACUAACACCAAUCAUCCAGAGAUUGGUGUGGGCAAAGGUGUUUUGAAGAAUUUUACAAGAUCUUCGGGGAAUGUUGCAGAGACAAAGAUAGCAGCUGAUUGGAAAGGUGGAGAAAAUUGCCCAAAGGGUACACGUCCUGAGGAAAUUGAUGCAUCUGGGGAUGUAAACAUGGAGGCAUCAAUAACACCUGAUGAUGUUAUUCGGGCUGGAGGAUUUGGUGCCAGGGAUGAUAUCAGUAGCUUUCUUCCUGUUGCAAGUGAUUCUACCGACUUCGAAGCUUCAAUCCGAGAUGCACGAGAUUAUGAAGAACCACAGGGUCAAGUAAGCAGGCCCGGCCUUGGUUGGACUGGUGCUACUAAGGGGGAAUGAAUGUUGCUGUUAUCUCCAGUAUUAGCAACUUUUGUUUUUAGCUGGGAGGACCAUGUGUUUGUGGCUAAUAUUUUUUAAAAUCAAAGUCAUAUAUGAUGCUAAAGAAAAUUUUGUUAGUAAUAUCACUAAAUGAUUUACUUGUAUAAAUAGUUGAUCCGUUGCCUAGUGUUUGGUUUGUCUUUGUUAAGUGGGAUGUCAUAUGUAAAAAUUUCGUUUCCUGAGAACUCAUCCUUGAAUUUUUUUAAC